AUGAAUGGACCCAAUGUCUUUAGUAAGAGCGACGGUACUACUCUGCCAGAACAGUUUUGGAGUGAAUCGGGCGCACUUUCGGCGGCUGCCGCCGGUAAUGGUGGGGCGAAUCAAGGCAAAAAUACCCUGAGUGAGUCUAGAAUGAGCGGCACAGGAAAUUUAAAUGGCAGUUGUUGCCCUGGCGGCUUUGUAGGGUAUCCGAACUUUAUUGAUAUGCGCCAAUACCAACAGAUGCAGUCUCAAUACCAGGCUCCCGGCUUACAGUCUGUGAGUUCGAAUCCCGGUACGGGAUUGGUAGGUUCAGGGAGCAACCAUUCCAGUCCGCAGCCGGGAGAUGGCAUUUUGAAGAAGCGGGUCGCUAGGGCGUGCGAGCAUUGCAGAAAGAGGAAGAUCAAAUGCGACGCUGUCAACCCUGAGACGCAAAAAUGCAGCAAUUGCAGCAAAUACAACGCGCCAUGCACGUUCAAAGUACGAGAGGAAAUCGAAAGGCGCAGAAAAGGCUGUGAUAUUCGGGAAACCGUUGGAGCGGGACCAGAGGACUUGGGCGUGUUGAAUUUUGCCGCUCCUUCGUCAGCCGCGGAAAAUGCUCCACAGCUUGGGAUCUAUCCAGAAGAUCAGAUGUACCAAUCUGGCCUGCAGAGUUCUUUCCAGAGGAGCAGUGAGAGGGUGACGUCGGCCGGUUUGAGCGGCCGAGUGGAGAAACUGGACAGGAAGGUUUCCUCAAUUUCCAAGACUUUGAAAGAUGUGGAAUCUCUCCUAGCUGAGUUAGUUGGCCGUAAGGGCAAACUUAAGGAUACUGGAGAGCUGCCGAAACCGAAAAUAAAGCGGUACUAUACCGCGAUACUCACGCCGCAGAUCCUUACAUGGGCUGACAAGAGGCUGAACACAUACGGGACGGAGAAAUCGAUAAUGUCUCCGAUCAAUGAACUGCUGACCAUUACAUUGAAGUGGCAGAUGAUUGAAAAGAAGGCAUUGACGGAUUUUUCAGCACCGAUGAUCCGAAACGGGAAGUUUCAAUUGCAUCCUCUGCCGCCUCGGGCUCAAGCUAAACGGAUAAUGGAAAACUUUAGAUCGGCGAUGCUGGUCUCGUCAGCGCCUGGCUUAGUGACUGCUGAUUACUAUGCGUCUCUAAUUGAUGAGUUUUACAGCGGAAAGCUGCUUUCAUAUGCCGAGUUGCUGCUUUUACAUGUAAGCAUCUCGUUUGGGGCAGCCAGAAUGAGAAUACUGAAUCCCGGUGACUCCUAUACCCUGCGAAAAGACAGAUAUGAUCCUACUAAAGAAGAGCUUCAAACAAUCGAAUAUGACUGCUUGUUAAACGCCAUAUACUACUACAAUAAGGUCUCAAUAAGUGGACCUAGUCUGACCGCAACGCAGGGUUUGAUGCUGUUGAGCCUGCACCUUAGGGAAACAAGGGACAGUAGCUUGGCAUUCGGCGUUUUCACAACGGCUGUGAAAUUCGCCUUUGAUUUGGGCUUGCAUCAAAGAGUUUCACAUCUGAAUCUGACUUUGGAGGAAGAGAUCAUUCGGAGAACUGUUUGGUGGCAUUGCGCUAAUACUGAUAAAUGGUUUGCGUUAACACAAUCUCGACCGGCACUUAUCAAAGAGCAGGAUAUGGAUCUACUAUCUGACCAGGCAUAUUUCGAUUACAUGAAAACGUUACUUAGAUUGAAGGGUCCUUCGGUCGCGCAGGACGUGGAAAAAUUGACUGAUUUGCAGAGUUGCUUGGACUAUGUAAUAAACUACUGCGACCUACUUCCCACAUAUGUCUCAUAUUUCUCGCUCAAAUUAACUAGAAUCGAGGGAAGAGUAGCUCAGCAUUGCUUUUCGGUCAGGAGCACCAUGGAUUCUUCUAUCGAUGAAAUCAUCGACCAGCUGCUAUAUCUACGGGAGGAGCUAAAUGAUUGGGACGAUAAUUUACAUCCAUCAAUGCAGCUGAGUAGCUACAAAAGUUAUCUUUCCUUGCUUUAUGUGCGUGAUGCUGCAGACAACCCUGCUCUGACAUACGAGGUUGCCUGCUCUCGCGUUGUUCGGUGCCAUUUUCGGAGCAUGCAUGCGAGAAUAUUGGUAGGCCUGUUUGCAUCAUCAUUUCUUGUUGAUAACAUCAGCCUUCUCAAAGGCUCACGACAUCCAACCUCGAGCAUUUAUCGGCUUUUUCUAAAUGAUACCGUGGAAAUCUGCAUGAAAAUGCUGAGAGUUUUUACCACCGUCGACUACGAGGGAAACAUAUACAGUAGCUCACUGUAUUGUCUAUUGACAGGUGUCUUUGCGCUAAUUCUCUACAUAAUAAAGUACAGCGAAGAAGAGGACACGCACAGGUUGACUGAAAUUCUCGACCUUUUGAUAUCUAGCCAUUCGCAUUUGAUCGGUGAGAACGAAGAAUAUUUGAUAUCUGACAAUCCAAAAUGGAAUACUUCAAUUUUCUUUUACACAAUACUAUUGUCUGCAACGAUUCAGUACUGCCAAUAUCUCAAUCUGGAUAUCAAGUAUUACGCUUUGAAUCUCGAAGCGUAUAAAAACAUGCUCACAAGAAUUAUCGAUCACUCGAAUAUUAUAAAGAAUCGCUCCCUGGAUAGUCUUGUCCUCUACACUAAACGUUUCAAGCUAACAGAGGACCAAACAGUCUCAUCUGACGGAUCAGAGCCAAAACCUGUCUCAAAAGAUAUCCAUGCAUCUACACGGUUACUGUACCCAUCGUUUUCUACAUUUAUUGGCACGAAUGAGGACACAUUGACGUUUUUCAGAUCUUCGGAACCAUUUGAAGUCUCGACAAAGCCCAAUCCAGGUUAUAAAGGAUUAGAACACCAGAUUUUUACCAAUGGCUCUCUUUUCCGCAUAGGGGGGCCUAAUCUACUGAGUUCCCUUGAAAGCAUUGGUAUUGAGUCCUUAGGCCACGGAAUCGAGAACCAAAAUUCUGCUGUAAACUCCGCAAUCGAUGUUAACGAUGGGUCUAACGACGCUCAAGAAUUAUUUUACCCCUAUGCUUUGUUCUACGACAGGGACUUGUUCUUCUCAAAUUUGAUAGCCGAAGUUCUAGUACCACCCAAGUAG